UUUUUGUUUUUUACCCUGUGAUGGUGCUUUGCCCAGUGUGUGUUAAUUAAACCUGCUCGAUGUCUCUCAUCAGUUUAUAACCGAAACAAAAUGAGGAUUUCUUCUCGAGACUGGUUUCUGUUGAUAUUCUCUGGCUUUUUGGGGCUGACAAUGGGUGCUUUCCCAAGCAGCGUUCAGAUCGGCGGUCUGUUCAUCAGAAACACUGAUCAAGAGUACACGGCCUUUCGUUUGGCAAUCUUCCUGCACAACACCAGCCCAAAUGCCUCAGAAGCCCCGUUCAACCUGGUGCCACACGUGGACAACAUUGAGACGGCCAACAGCUUCGCCGUCACCAAUGCCUUUUGCUCCCAGUAUUCCCGUGGUGUCUUCGCCAUCUUCGGCCUCUAUGACAAGCGCUCAGUCCACACAUUGACAUCUUUCUGCAGCGCUCUGCACAUCUCACUCAUCACUCCCAGCUUUCCCACCGAGGGUGAAAGCCAGUUCACCCUGCAACUCCGACCAUCCAUCCGAGGGGCGCUCCUGUCCAUCCUCAACCACUACGACUGGAACAAGUUUGUCUUCCUGUACGACACGGAUCGGGGCUAUGCCAUCCUGCAGGCCAUCAUGGAGAAGGCAGGUCAAAACAACUGGCAGGUCAGUGCCAUCUGUGUCGAAAGCUUCAACGAUGCCAGUUACCGAAGAUUACUGGAGGAUCUGGACCGGAGGCAGGAGAAGCAGUUUGUUAUCGACCUGGAGGCUGAGAGACUACAAAACAUGCUGGAACAGAUUGUCAGUGUCGGGAAACAUGUCAAAGGCUACCAUUACAUCAUGGCCAACCUGGGUUUUAAAGACAUCAACCUGGAACGCUUCAUGCAUGGUGGAGCCAAUGUGACAGGCUUCCAGCUGGUUGACUUCAGCAACCCUAUGGUCAUCAAACUGAUGCAGCGCUGGAACAAGCUGGAUCAGAGAGAGUACCCUGGCUCAGACGCCCCGCCCAAGUACACCUCAGCACUGACAUACGAUGGGGUGAUGGUGAUGGCCGAGGCCUUCAGGAACCUGCGCAGGCAGAAGGUGGACAUUUUCAGACGGAGAAAUGCUGGGGACUGUCUCGCAAACCCUGCUGCCCCGUGGAACCAGGGAAUCGAUAUGGAGCGUACUCUCAAACAAGUCAGGCUGCAGGGAUUAACAGGUAAUGUCCAAUUUGACCACUAUGGGCGCAGGGUCAACUACACUAUGGACGUGUUUGAACUGAAGAAUAAUGGACCCAGACGGAUUGGCUACUGGAACGAUGCAGACAAACUGGUGCUGAUCCAGGACUCUCCACUGCUUCCAAAUGACACUUCUGGCAUGGAGAACCGCACUGUUGUAGUUACUACCAUCAUGGAGGGUCCCUAUGUGAUGCUUAAGAAGAACUGGGGGAUAUACGAGGGCAAUGAGCAGUUUGAGGGAUACUGUGUGGACCUGGCCUCAGAGAUUGCCAAACACAUCGGCAUCAAGUAUAAGAUCUCCAUUGUCCCCGAUGGAAAGUAUGGUGCCAGGGACCAAGUGACAAAGAUCUGGAAUGGCAUGGUCGGGGAGCUGGUGUACGGGAAAGCGGAGAUCGCUGUGGCCCCUUUGACUAUCACGUUGGUCCGGGAGGAGGUGAUUGAUUUCUCCAAGCCUUUCAUGUCACUGGGCAUUUCCAUCAUGAUCAAGAAGCCCCAGAAAUCCAAACCAGGGGUGUUCUCUUUCCUGGACCCUUUGGCCUACGAGAUCUGGAUGUGCAUUGUGUUUGCCUAUAUUGGUGUGAGCGUGGUGCUCUUCCUGGUCAGCCGCUUCAGCCCGUACGAAUGGCACACUGAGGAGCCUGAAGAGGGCACCGACAGUCCGCCAAAUGACCAGCCCCCCAAUGAGUUUGGCAUCUUCAACUCCCUCUGGUUCUCCCUGGGCGCCUUUAUGCAGCAGGGCUGUGAUAUCUCCCCCAGAUCGUUAUCAGGACGGAUCGUAGGGGGAGUGUGGUGGUUCUUUACGCUCAUCAUCAUCUCAUCCUACACGGCUAAUCUGGCUGCCUUCCUCACUGUGGAGAGGAUGGUUUCCCCCAUUGAGAGUGCAGAGGAUCUGGCCAAGCAGACAGACAUUGCUUAUGGCACUUUGGAAUCAGGCUCGACUAAAGAAUUCUUCAUGCGGUCAAAGAUCGCCGUCUACGAGAAGAUGUGGAAGUACAUGGAAAAGGCUGAGCCCAAAGUCUUCACCAAGACCACGAAUGAGGGGGUAGCGCGGGUCCGCAAGUCCAAGGGGAAAUACGCCUUCCUCCUGGAGUCCACUAUGAAUGAGUACACAGAGCAACGCAAGCCCUGCGACACAAUGAAAGUGGGAGGCAACUUGGACUCCAAAGGCUACGGAAUAGCCACACCCAAGGGUUCACAGUUAAGAAGUGCAGUUAACCUGGCAGUGUUAAAACUCAAUGAGCAAGGCGUGUUGGACAAAUUGAAAAACAAGUGGUGGUACGACAAAGGAGAGUGUGGCAGCGGAGGCGGUGGCGAGAAGGACAAGUCAUCCCAGGCCCUCAGCUUGAGCAAUGUGGCAGGGGUCUUCUACAUCCUUGUCGGGGGCCUGGGCCUGGCCAUGCUGGUGGCCCUCAUCGAAUUCUGCUACAAGUCACGCAACGAGGCUAAGAGAAUGAAGCUAACAUUUACAGAAGCCAUGAGGAACAAGGCCCGUCUGUCCAUCACAGGCAGCGUCGGGGAGAAUGGACGGGUGCUGACGCCCGACUGUCCCAAGGCUGUUCAUGCCGGCCCCCCCCUCCGCCAGAGCUCUGGCCUCGCCCUGGUCUCCUCUGAGCUCCCGUGAAAACCAAAAACCUCUCAAGUGCCUUAUUCCAAUAACAGAAAAUGAAACAAUAAUCACACCACCCACAAAACAACCAGAGACUAACAACAGGAAAAAGAAUUCACGCACAUAACUGGUCACCUCCAGUGGGCGAGAGAGGACCAACAGAGCAGCAAACCACAAAUCCACUGGUACAGGUUUGUUGUGGCUCAAUGCUUGAAUCAGAGGGAAUCCACCGGAGCUGUUCAGCCUUCUUUACAACUCCAGUGACGGAGUGAGUAAGAACAUAAAAAAUAUCACGAUAAAGAUGAAGACCAGAAAACAGUAAACUUGAAACUCAAAACUGCUUUUUUUUUUUUUGGAUUGCUAUGAAUUGGCAAAAACUGAACCACACUCAAGGUUGUUUUCAAACUGAGCAGUAUUUGCUACACACACACAAGCAGUAUUCAAGAGAAAAAAACCUCACAAGAUAUCAACAAGUGGACACUGGGACAGUUGUAGCCCAGAGCCGUGAAGAUAGGGAAAUGAUUUGUAUUCAGAAAGGCAACAAUUAAAUCUACUGAUAUAUGCGCAGACAUAGGAAACUGUGAAAAUAAGUAAAUAUGUAUAUUCUGUGAAAAACAAAUGCUGAUUCUAGCUGUACAUAGGGAUGACUGUGUAACAUGCUUGCUUUCUAAACAGAUGUACAAAGCAGGUACUGUAGUGGACAGACAAUUCUUUUUUGUAAAUCAUCCUUCAUCACAAUAAUGAAAAAGAUGCCACUUGAAGGCGGGAAGGCAGUGUUGAAAUGUAUGUGUUGAACUGUAUUAUAUAGGAACAUUCAAACUCUAAAUGUGAAGAGGUAUCAACUGCCCAAAUAUUCUGAUACCUGUUUCAUACAAAUUCAUAAAUAUAUUCAACAGUGAAUGUUAACUAGUUCCACUCCCAAUCCUUAAACCACAGCCCUCACUGUGCAGACGUAGACCCAGAGUUGCUCACGAGUAGAGCUUUAUAAAUCAAGUUUCUGCUGUCAGAAUAUAACUAUUUUUUUCAGUCUUUGAUCUAUUUUUUGUACUGAGAAAUUAAAAACUGUCUCCUGAUUUUAAAUGUCAACAGUUAAGUACUCUGUGUAGGUCUUUUAAUCCAUUAUGUGUUGGGAGAUGAGUCGAAAUGAUGAUGCGAAUUUGCAAAAUGCUACUUCUCCUUUCUCACUAUGUUAUUUGAAGUGUCUAUGAUAUUUCCAGUGAGGCUGAUGAAGCCUGUGUGUGUGCUGAACAAUGAUCAGAGCCCUUCAUGAUUGAAACACUGUGGAUCCUCUGAGGAGGCUGGAUACACUGUAGCAGAAGUGUCUUUGCUCCAGUCUCACUGAGUGAAGUGUCCUCAUCUCUUUUGGAAAUGGAAGGACAAUCUGCAAUAGGAAACAAAUCAUCACUUCUUCAGCAACAGCAGCCAGCAACGGUGCUGCUAAAUGUUUUUGUUUAUAUCAGCUUCUCAUCCUGUUCAUUCCCUUACACUUGCUGUGGCUGGAUGAAAGAAGUCUGCAGCAUAGUAAAACCAGCUGAAAUAUUUCAGGGGAAGCCUUUCUGUCCUGCCAUUGCUCUUUAGAGCUGAAAUGUGUAAGUGUGUACAAUGGCAUCUUAUUUUGGAUCAGUUGUGCAUCUUUAUUUUGAUCUUUUUUUAAGUAAAAAAUCUAAUUGGAAUGUAUUGAGUCAUUAUUUGGCAUAAGGAACAGUGCCCACUGUGGUCACAAACGGUAAUCAGAGGAUACAUCAGGGCUGUCCCUGCUCUCCCUUGCUGUUUCUCAUGGUGGCAGGAAUGUUAUCUAUAUUAAUUAACAAUAGCAAAGAUAUGAAACAUUUUGUAUUUCUGGUUAAAGAAAUGAUAAGUUAACUGGCAGAUGAUACCACCUUCUUCAUAAAAAAUACAGAACAACUUCCAUGAAUCCUUAAUUUAAUAGAAAUAUUUUGUAAGGCUUCCAUCUUAAAGUUGGAUGUACAGAAAUGUGUACUGAUGGCCAUGCACAGUCCCCCCUUUUCAUCUUUGUGCAAUAUAAAGGUAAAGGCAUAAUAAUGACCGAAGAGGUAAACAAUUUGAAUAAGUUACACAUCAUCAAGAAUUUAGAAAAACGCAUUCCUCAUUUAAAUGAUGGCUAUCAAUGAACAUUUCUAUAUUUGGAACAAUUUUAUUAUCCAAAACUGAAGGGCCUUCUCAUCUAAAUUAUCCUGCCUCUUCAUUGGCAAUUCCAAAAAGUCUGAUCACAGAGAUAGAUGAUGUCAUGUUUAAUUUUAUUUGGAAAAGCAAACAUUAUAUUUGAAAAAGGGGACAUUACUAAAUCUGUGGAAGAGUGUGAAAUGAAUGUUGUCGACUUUGAAUCAGUGAAUGCUGUUUUAAAACUUAAAUGAUUUAAAACAUUCUUAUUGAAUGAACAAAAUUACUAGUUUUACAUUUCUAAAAUGAUUUUUUAAAAACUUGGUGGUAUCAAUUUUCUUUUAACAUGAUUUUCAAAUAAUUAAGUUACCUAUCAAACUGUCCUCCCUUCAUCAUCAAGCUGUGCAAUAUUGGAAGCUUGUGUAUGUACUGUACAUAAUUUUACUCCACACUCCACAUUGAACAACAGAUAUGGUACAGAAAAUGGCAAGUCUUUAUACAAUGAUGAGUGGAAACAAAAGGGUAUCUGGUCACGUCUUGAUUUGGAGGAUGUGGAUAGCUCUUUUUAGGAUAUGAAAGAUUUAUUCAAAAAUAUUAUUUGAGCUGCUCAAGUAAACAUUUUACAUCUGUGAUAAAGGCUAUUCCUACCGCUGUAAUUAAUUUGAUGAAAGGCUCCUUAGCCUGCUCGGAACAUACAACUACACUCCCACUUCUAAUUAUAGACAACCACAAAUUUGUUGAUAAGAAGUUAAAUAACAAAAUUAUUAAAGGGGCAGUGAAGACAUAAUUAUAUUCAGCAACUUUAUCAAGAUGACAUAUCCUGGAAAAGAGCUCUUGACAGGAUGUAAAGGAAAUCAGAACAGAGUUAUCUUCAAAGUUUCCAGUAUCAGCUAAAGCUAAGGAAGUACAUUUCAAAAUUUUAAACAAAAUUUACCCCUGCAGUGAACCUCUUCAUACACACUUUCAUAUACAUUGUAAUGUUUGUGCAUUUUGCAAAAAUGACAUAGAAACAAUUGAGCAUUUAUUGUUUGACUGUAUUUAUGUAACUAACUUCUGAAGGACAUAUAUGACUGGCUUGCAAAGGGACAAGAUUGUGUUCCAGAUACUUCCUUUAAGGCUGUGAAGUUUAGUUUUUGUUUAGAUGAUAAAAAUGAGCAUUUCUUAUACAAAAAUGUAUUGAUUUUGACUCAACAGCAUCUUCACAAAUGCAGAUUUUUCAAAUGCACCCCCACAUUUUCUGCCUUUUUUUUUUUAAAUGAACCGAUACUGUAUACCAAAUCCAUAAAUUUAGUAGAGAGCAAACAUGGAGUAAGAUUGUACAGAUUGCUUGAACCCCAUUUACAACAGGUUUGACAUUUUAUUUUAUUUUUGCUGUAAUGUUUUCUUACUGCUCUGAUCUUGGACUUAAAACUGAUAUGAGAAAGAUGCCUA